AUGUACGUGGAUUUCAUGGAGCAAUACUUGGACCUCAACCAUAUGAAGCCGGCUCCCCUGUCGACUAUUGGAUCUCUACAGCGAACCUGCUACCUUCCUCACCACGGGGUCCUGCGCGAAAGCAGUGCCUCUACUAAGUUGAGAGUGGUCUUCAACGGUUCGAGCUCUUUGGCCAACGGCGACUGUCUCAACCGAUUCCUGAUGACGGGACCCAACCUGCUUCCCGCCCUAGCUGACAUCCUACUACGGUGGAGAAGGCACCGGUUCGUCUUUGCUACCGACUUUGAAAAAAUGUACCGGCAAAUCCUGGUGCAUGCCGAUGAUCAGAGCCUGCAAAGAAUAUUGUGGAGGAAGGACUCGGAGACAGAGAUCAAGGAAUAUUGGCUGACUACUGUGACUUACGGUUUAGCCUGCGCUCCAUACUUGGCCAUCCGCACGCUGCAUCAGCUCGCCGUGGACGAAGGCGAUCGUCAUCCUGAGGGAGCCGCGGUCCUCCGCUCCGACGUUUACAUGGACGACAUCCUGUCUGGAGCUUCUACCCUCCAGGAAGCCAAGGAAAUCCUCCGACAGCUUGUUCUGGUCUGCAAGGUGGGAGGCUUCCCUCUGAAAAAAUGGUCAGCUAAUCACCCGCAGUUACUUUCGACAUUACCUACCGAGGACUGCCUCCAGCAAGAGGCAAGAUGGUGGCUGCCUGGGGAAAGUCAUGCCACCCUGGGAUUACGGUGGCAACCUUGCGACGACCUCUUCUCCUUCGCCACCAGCCAACCAACGCUGCCCACGAUCACUAAGCGGUCAGUCUUAUCGUUGACAGCGAAGCUGUUUGAUCCGCUCGGUUGGCUGUCUCCCACGACUGUUCUCGCCAAGACUCUAAUCCAGUCUACUUGGUUGCUCGGCAUCGACUGGGACACUCCUCUUCCGGACGACCAUGAGAAGGCCUGGUUACGCUUCCAAGCGGAGCUCCCUCAACUAGAGAGACUGCACGUUUCUCGAUGGCUGGGCGGAGGAUCGACUGACUGCCGCCUGGAAGUCCACGGAUUCGCUGACGCCUCAGUCCGUGCCUACGCCGCUGUGGUGUACCUAAAAACCGAGAAGAACGGGGAGUAUGGAGUUACGCUGAUUGCCGCCAAGACGAAAGUUGCUCCGCUAAAACAAAUCUCCUUACCUCGGCUCGAAUUAUCAGCCGCAACUCUUCUGGUCCGCCUCGUUCAGCAAACGCUGCCUCUCAUCGGAGCUGAAAAGGCGCCUCUUCAUCUCUGGUCAGACUCCACAGUGGUUCUCGGCUGGAUCCGUGGACAUCCUUCUUCCUGGGUCACAUUCGUUGCCAACCGGGUCAGCGAAAUUCAGACGUCGCUCCCCGACGCCCUUUGGCAUCAUGUCCCUGGACGCGAAAACCCGGCCGACUGCGCCUCUCGAGGCAUCUUCCCUGGAGAUCUUGAGGCGCAUCCACUUUGGUGGCAGGGUCCCUCUUGGCUGAAAACGGAGAGCGGCCCUUGGACUGUCUUCGGAGAGGAUCCCAGCAACGUCGAGCUACCAGAACGUCGAGUCCGUUCGCACGCUGCAGUCUUGGACAAGCGAGGAGACGAACCGGAGCUGCUACUCCGAUACUCGUCCCUGCAGCGACUACUUCGCAUCACCGCCUGGUGUCUCCGGUGGUUUCGACAACGCCGACGGCAGCCCAUCCUUCUCAAUCGCGACGGCGGGGUAGACGCUGAAGAACUGCAUGACGCGCUGAUCCACUGGGUACGGCUCGUCCAAGCUGCAAAUUUCAAGGACGAGUUAAAAUCGUUGCGAGGACUGACAUCACUGCCCAACCGAAGCCCACUCAAUAAGCUCAGCCCGUUUGUGGACGAUUCGGGCGUUAUUCGCGUCGGAGGGCGUCUACGACAUUCUCAAAUGUCUUUUCAGGCUACCCAUCCAAUCAUCCUACCGAGCUCGUCGCGAAUUACUUACCUCGUCAUCGAUGAGCAUCACCGACGAUCGUUGCAUGGGGGCACCCAGCUGACCCUGUGUUCCAUCCGCCAAGAAUUCUGGAUUCCUCGUGGACGAUCCCUCGUUAAAAACCACAUUCACCGCUGCGUUAGAUGCCUGCGAUGGCGGGCGGCUACAGCACAGCCUCUCAUGGGUGACUUGCCUGCGCCCCGAGUGACGCCAGGAAGACCAUUCCUCCAUACUGGCGUCGACUACGCCGGACCCGUCUGGCUGCGAAGUGCCAAAGGCCGCGGGCAAAAAUCUUCUAAGGCCUUCAUUGUCGUUUUCAUCUGUUUAGGUUCCAGGGCCGUCCAUCUUGAUGUCGCCUCGGACUACUCGGCCGACGCCUUCUUGGCAUCCUUGCGUCGGUUCAUCGCUCGGCGAGGUGUAUGCCAAACGCUAUACAGCGACUGUGGGACCACCUUCAUAGGCGCCGACACGCAACUCCGAGACUUAUUCGCAGCCACAAACCCUGAAGGCCGUCGCAUCGCCUCCUUCGCUGCUCAGGAACAAAUUCAGUGGCGGUUCAACCCGCCGGCUGCGCCCAACUUCGGUGGCAUCUGGGAAGCGGCAGUCAAGUCAAUGAAGCACCAUCUUCGCAGAGUGAUAGGAGAAGCUACACUCACCUACGAGGAGAUGGCCACUCUCCUCUCCCAGGUCGAGGCUUGCCUCAACUCUCGGCCUCUGCAACCGCUGACCGACGACCCGGAGGACUUCAGCGCGCUGACGCCCGGCCAUUUCCUCAUCGGCUCCGCGCUCUCCGCCGUCCCCGAACCGUCGCUGACCGAGGAAUCGUCGUCGCGCCUCUCCCGGUGGCAGCUUCUACAAAAGAUGAAAGAUCAUUUCUGGUCUCGAUGGUCUCGCGAAUAUCUGCACACGCUGGCUCAUCGGCCGAAAUGGUUCAAAAUAAACCGGGAAGCUCGCGUCGGUCGACUCUGUUUAAUCCGUCACGAAAUGACCGCUCCAACGAGGUGGCCUCUAGCGCGCAUCACCAAAUUGCUCUCCGGAGCCGACGGACACGUUCGCGUCGUCGAGGUCCGCACCGCCACCACUGUCUUGACCCGACCCGUUAGCAAACUCGUUUUCCUUCCCGACGCUGACGAACUGCCACCUAAAACCCAAAGCGAUUAG